GCUUAAAACACUCCAUCAAAUACCUAUCCCCUUUCUCUUUUGCGAGCCUGAAACUUGUUUUCUUUUCAUUGCUUCAUAUACCGAUCACAAAUGGCAGCUGCAGGCAUAGUUGUGAUCUUCGAUUUUGAUAAAACGAUCAUCGAUUGUGAUAGCGAUAACUGGGUGGUUGAUGAGUUGGGCGCCACUGAAUUGUUCAAUCAACUUCUUCCCACCAUGCCCUGGAAUUCUCUGAUGGAUCGAAUGAUGAAAGAACUUCAUUCCCAAGGUAUAAGAAUUGAGGAUAUUGCGACUGUUCUGAAAAGAUCACCAAUACAUCCCCGAAUCAUCGAAGCUAUUAAAUCGGCUCAUGCUUUAGGAUGUGAUUUGAAGAUUGUGAGCGACGCAAACACUUUCUUCAUUGAGACAAUCUUGGAGCAUCACGGCCUGAAGGAAUGCUUUUCGGAGAUCAAUACGAACCCUGGGUUUGUCGAUGAACAAGGCAGGCUGAGGAUCUUCCCUCACCAUGAUUUCACCAAAUCUUCUCAUGGAUGUCAACAUUCCAGCUGCCCUCCCAAUAUGUGCAAGGGUAUCGUGAUUGAAAGGAUCCAAGCAUCUCUGUCCAUGGAGGAUCAAAAGAAAACAAUAAUCUACCUUGGGGAUGGGCUUGGUGAUUUCUGCCCAACUUUGAAGCUUGGUGAUGGAGACUAUGUGAUGCCAAGGAAGGGUUUUCCAGUUUGGGACUUGAUUUGCAAUAAGAGGAAGCUAGUUAAUGCAGAAAUAUGCGAAUGGAGCGACGGGGAGGAGUUCGAAAAUGUAUUAUUCCACCUUAUUAGCCGGAUUAUUUCCAUUGACAGAAAGAACACUAGUGCCAAAAUGGGUCAGCUCUAUUCAGUUGAUUGCAAACUAGAAACGAUGCCGUUGCCUGUCGCCACCGGCCAUGAAGCCUUCCCCCAGGCCCUUUCCGUUCUUCAUUAGAAGCCAAAUUAGUUGACAGUCAAAAUGACUGAUGAAUUUGAUGUCUUUUAGCUUUCUAAGAUUACUAUUGCAGUAAUUAAUAUCUAGUUUUGACAGUAGAAAAACAUUAAAUAAUUGAGUGGAAGUGUACUUUUUUUUGUUGUUGUUGUUGAAAUAACAUGUAAUUCAUUUUAUUGAUCUAAAAAGGUUAUUAUUGUCCCUUUAA